AUGGGCACGAUAGGCUGUAUUCACGCUGUUAGUGGGGUACGAUCUCGACUGAAACUUGAAGAGUGGUGGCAAUCAUUACUGAAGAUUCGUCGAAUCCCCUGGGGGGGCACCUUCGAUGGGGUGAAAGCAGAUUGGAAAUCAGCCAGCCAACAUUCAAUAGCUCGGCUCUAUGCAGUUUGUGGAGCUUCCUUUGCUUUCUCAGAAGACAAGACCAUCGCUAUAAGCCAGGUGAUAUCUGAACAAUCUCAAUCAGACCUGCAAUUGUUUACCACAAUCAACACAAGCGAACGUGCUCAUCCAGAAGAGAGCCAUCCGCUACGCCAUGGAUCAAUUCGCAGACAAAAAGCAAAAUUCACAUACAAAUUGAACCUAGAAUCACUGUGGAACCAGCCAAAGGCAAUGCUGAAGUUCAUGAACAAUAUCGCCCAAGCUGUUGCCUUCUUAGAGCCCCUAAAUAUCGCCCACGGUGACUUGCGGCCUGAAAGUAUCGUGCUCGAUCGUGACCAACUCAAACUUUCCGACUUUGAUUCUGGCUAUCUCGGUCCUCGGACAGAAACUUUCGCCCUUGGCUCAUUGUUCUACUUGAUCAAUUAUGGAUUUGAAGUCUACGGAGACCGAUGUUUAACUGAAGACCCCUACGAUCACGGUCCUAAAGUUGUGGACCUGCUACAGAGUAGGGAGUUUCCGGGGUUGGAUGAUAAUCCUUUGAUCGACGAUGUCAUCAACAAAUGUUGGCAUAAUGAAUAUUCCACUGUCUCCCAACUCGCUAUGCAAACGCAGCUUCUUAUGAGAAAAGGUACCGAUGUGGCCGAAACAGGUGAAAGCAGAAAGGGUAAAGGCAGAGAGGUGGUGGCCAUUCUUGAGCCAAGCUUCAUUAACCAAUUUUUCGUGUCUAUGAAUCGUAUAUUUCGUGCGGUAUUCUCUGGAAUAGGAAGUUGGUGGAUGUUACUAUCGCAUUACAUAAUGAAGUCAAAAGGAAAUGAGCGGAAUGAUGUUCAUGUUGAACAGGGCACUUCGGAGGUGGACAUGGUUAGGAAGAGGGAGAUUUGUCAAGACCUAGAAAAACGAGGCCUCCUUGAAUUGCUGUUGUCAGGUGAGCCUGAGCAGAUCGGAUUCUCUUUCGAUUGGUAUAGACACAGCCUUUCAUGUUAA